CACUACUAUAUAACAAAUAAUUUGAGGGCAAUGGUUUAAGUCAAUGCUGAAGAGAUGGUAUUGUCCUCAAUACUGCGGAGGAAGAGUGUGUCAGACUCCUCCUCACAAAGCACUGACACACUUGACCAGCUCACCAGCUUUCUGAAAGAGUUGGAGAAUGAAACUCUUAGUCCUUGUGCUGAAUGCACACGGAGGCGGUUGUUGGAUUUACUGGGCAAUAAACGGCAAUUGAAGCUAACUAUAAAGAGAUUGUCCCUGCAAAGUAGCCGACUCGGGAGCACAGCGUCAUCUCUGCGUAGCGACAGUCCCAUCUCACCUGACAUACCUGACAUUCUUAGCCAGCUCAGUAAUGAGUCUCAGAGAUCCGUAUCUACCUCUCCCAUGGUAUCUCCAAUAUUGAGUCCUAUUGUAUCUCCUUCCCUUCAUCGGGUGUCUUUCCAAGGAUCUUCAUCAGAUGGGUAUGAGAUAGAUGUUGACUUUAUGCUGGACAGUGCCGAAGAACCAGAGACUUUUAUCAGAGCCCCCAUACCCAAACGCUUCAGGAAGAAGAACAAGCAGAAGAUGUCUGACAUAAGUGAGCGUGAUCAACUGAUGGACGAAGCACGCAAAAUAUUGACCAUCGACCAGCAAAUGGGUGUAGAUGAGGACUCGGAGCCUCUGUAUGGGUUCCUGAUGCGUAAAACUCGUCUGUCCUGGAUCCAACGGUGGUGUGUUUGUUCUGACAAUUCCUUGUACAUCAGCAAGUCUCCCAAAGACCAUCUCUCGGUCACCAAAGUUUAUCUGCCACAUUAUUCCAUUUGUAGAAGCAAGUUUGACGAGCACAAAAAAGAAUGGGUAUUCAAGAUAUGGGGCGAAGGAAAGAAGACCAUAUAUUUAGCAGCCCAAAACCAGCAGUCUAGGGAUCACUGGGUCCAAGGUUUGAGAGAAGCAGCGAGAUCAACAGAGCGGACUCCGGUGAACACUCUAACGAAAUCAACCAUAAAGCAGAUGGCUACUUCUAGUCUCACUACCCUGAAAGGCAUUACACUGGGUCGAGAGAGGACAUCUUCUAAAAGUGUGAGCAGCCUCCCAAAGUCACCUCCUGACACAGAAGUUAACAAAGCAUCACUAACGUCAGCCUUUGAACGCGAGUUCCCAUCUCACGGAGGAUCUCAAGCUUCUGAUGAUGUGUGGUUGGAAACUGAGUCAGGCUCGGAGACUGUUGUCCUUUCUGGAACCCUGAAAAAGUCUAACAGGCGGAGUGGUGACCAGUGGGAUUACCGUCAUUACGUCGUCAUCGGAUCAAUAUUAAGGGAAUAUGUAAGUGGGACUGAUGAAUGGCCACAAGAUUCAGUUUACCUUCCAGGAUCGAAAAUAACCACAACAUGCAACAGCUCAGCUAAUCCUCCUUACGUUAUAAAAAUUGAACCAAUUGCCAAGGCUCCAAUAAUUCUGGCGGCUAAAUCUAGGCUGGAGCUCAACGUUUGGGAGCAGGAACUAAAGGCGCUUUCUAAACUUAGACCAGACCCCAUAAUACUCAGAGACAUGGAUCCUGAUUAUGUGGAUCUUUACCAGCUGGUUGGUCCGCAUAUGUCUGAGGAGCAGGGUGUGCCACAAAGAGGGGCCACAGUUUCCUUCGGGGCACGGGCCUACACUGAGAAACCAGACGAAAAAACUAGGUCGAGCAGCAUGCAGUCUGGCAGUAGGAACAAAGUGCACCAGACUCCACCUGCACCGAAACGAGGGGGUGGGAAAUACCAGAGAGGUCACCGUAGGACCCACUCAGAUAACUACUUUAAUCCUGCAGAGCUGAGAACACCAGCUGCUCCACAACCACGGUACACUGCUUACUCUGAAGAGGAGAAAUCAAGAACACGGUAUGCUUCCAGCGGGAGUGGCAGCAGGUACCACCACGUGACUCCACACAGAGACGUUCCGCCGAUGUUACCGCCACCAAACCGGCCAGUACCUGAUGUUCACCCGAUGUUACCUCCGCCAAACCGACCAGUACCAACCCUUCCUCCGGAACCUAGUCCCACUCUACCUCCUCACAGUCCCAACGAUUCUCCCCGACCACGAUCUCGUGGUGCAACUCUCCCCUCAAGACCCCCUAACGUAACCAUGCCUUCUCGACCCCCUGUGAAACCACCAAAAUACAAACCAAUUGUCCCUCCACAAGACAGUACCUGGCCUUAUCCUGUUCCCAACCCUCUAUCUGACCAGGAGUCUCAAUACUGCAGUCCACCCAAUGAUCACGUGUUCCACUCCGCAGAAAAUGCCUCGCCGUUCUUCCGACAGAACCGAUCUUUUACUCCUGACAAAUUGAGAAACAGGGGCACGUUCGUUUACAGCGACUCAAGGGACACGUUCGAUCCAGGAGAACCGUACAACAGGUUUACUGCCGGAUCUCAGAGAUUAGGGAGCUCUGGAAAUACCUUGUCUUCUACAUCGUCUCGAUAUGAAAGUUCGGGAAUGUUGUCCACCCAAUCAUCUCGAUUUGAUAGUUACGGAAACAGCUUGUCAACCCAAUCGUCUCGAUUUGAUAGUUUUGGGACCAGCUUGUCAACCCAAUCAUCGCGAUUCAAAAGUUCUGAAGGAGGUGGCUCCACAGGAUCCCAGCGUUUAGAAGGAUCAGGAAGCAAUGUUUCACCUCUGAGCCUUCGUUUCCGGAAUCCACUUUCUGAUGUAGACCCCUCUGAGCCUGUCAGUCCAUUUAAUCGUCGAGCAAAUACACCACCAGGCACCAGGUUUAACAAGAGUUUCGAGAGAGAGGAUCUUGACUGCGGACAGCCCUUGUUCAACGCUGCUGCCCAUAAAGAUCCUAUAAACAGGGCUACCAGGUCCCGACACUGCUCAGCCGAUGACAAGCCGACAGAGGGACAUCUCGAGGUCAAAGAGACACACCAUUGGGUUACCAGGUGGGUGUCAGUGCGAGGUAACGUGGUGCGGAUAAAAGCAACUCAGGAGGAUAACACCGUCAUCACCUCCUGUCGGAUGGCUGGCUGGAUCAUCUCUUCUAGUGACGAGGAUAACAAGUGGGCUAUACUCCUCUCAAAACCUGGCUCUAAUGAUGAAAAGAUGAUGUUUGCAGCUCACACGCGGGAAUCACGUGACAAAUGGAUAUUCUCCCUCAACAAGUGUUGCAGUAACGACAGUCUCGAAUCUUUCAGAAGCAACUCCAUGAACGGGAGUACGAUAACACUAAACACGGUAGAUAAGAUAAAAGAUGUGAAGGAGGAGAUCACUUUUGCAGAAUACAAGGGAUAUCUGAGGGAGAAGACACACAUGUUCCAGUGGACAAGAAGAUAUUGUUUCGUCACUAAACACAGCCUCUACAUCACGCUGAGCGAGGAGAAUCUAGAACCCCUCUUUGAGAUUGUUCUCAGUACCAUCUCCGUUAACCCAGACUCAGAACUGAAGAAACCGUACGCAUUCCGGCUAAUAUCAACCCAGAUAGCCAGAGAGUUGUUCCUGGCUGCGGAGAGUGAGGAGGAGUAUGACACGUGGCUCCUGGUGCUCGCUGGUAAACCUGUCCCUAUAAGAGACCAAAUCUCACAUAACAAGGCCCCCAGAAGUGAACCAGCUCCACCAGCACCCAUCCCAGCCUGCAAGAUGAGGGAGAUAGCCCACACCAAGGGUCUCCUCUUCAGAUUAGUGGACGGUAACUGGAUCUGCUCGUGGUGUGCCCGGCACCAUAGCAACCUCCUGCUCUACGACUCAGAAAACUCGGCCCUCCCCUUCAACUCGGUCAAGUUGUCGGGAGCAGACAUCGCCACAGACCACGCUCAUAACAUCUACCGCUUCCUCAUUACACCUUCUAAUCAGGACACUACCCUGACACUGGGUACAGAAAACAUAACAGACUUUGAGAGGUGGUGUGCAAGCUUCACCAUGGCAACGACGAUUCGGUCGCGCACCGCCACCGGCUCCUCGUCAACACGAGGAGACAGUUUCGGGAGAAAGUACGAGAGUUCCGACUAUUGUACGACCAGCAGCGCUGAAAGACUGGAUAAUAGCAGUCAGAGUCUACCUGCUGAACGUUUCACAUCCGGGUAUGGGAGCGCAGAAAGUCUAAACAGUGUUGGGUCUGGAAUGUACGAGAAUGUUAGCAAGCAUCACAGCAACAGAAACAGUUCCGAGUACGAGGACUAUGUUAAUAUGGGUCACGUGCCUCCAUCAGUCCCUCAGCGACAAGCUAACGAGAUGGUUGAAGAGUGGGUAGAUAAAGUGCAGCAAGUUGAACCAGAAUACGACGAACACGACGCCUCACAACCACCUGACCUACCUGAGAAACCUCGCGAUCACGUGAUCAACUCUAAAAUAGACAAUCGAGAAAAGCUCACGACCCGUGAGAUGGCAGCUAAUUUUGAGGAAGAGGACGAGGACUACGCAGAGCUUCCCCCUCUUCCGGAGUCCAGACAGCCUCGUUCCGAGCCUGCUGACAAACCUGCAGAGGUUGAGUUGGUGGAGCAACAGCCCGAACCUGUCAGUGUUAAAAAUUCUAAUCAGUCUUCUGGGUCAAUAGGAUUUGAUACCUCGAAUCUUCUUCCGGAAGUGGAGAGUUUGGAGUUGAUUUCAGACAGAGAGUUCGAGCGCAUGGAAAGGGAAAUAUUGGACAGCGCAGACUCUUCAGAGAGGGAUCCGUCCUCAAAAGUUAGCAGUAGCAAUGAUCUGUUAAUCAAUCAAUCAGUAGAUUUCCCAUUCGAUGAUCUUUUGGAUCAACUUGAAGAGCUAGAUGAACCUAAAAAUCUGAACAGACUGAGUGGAAAUUCCCAGCAAUCUGAUAUGCCUUCAGAGAUUCCUACUCCAGUUUCAGAGCCAGAAUCACACCCUUCACACUCGAGCUACGACAUCGUCUCUCAAGAUGUGUCUCCUGAGGAACCCUUGGAACAUAUCAGUGAGAAAGAAAUUUUAGAUGCCACAGAAAACGUCCCCUCAAAAGAUCGGAAUUUAAGACCUACCUCUUCCUCCCCGUCAUCUUCAUCUUCUUCUUCUUCUUCUUCAGGAACUUCCUCUUCUGAUCCACCGUCAUCAACACCCGAUGAUUCAGACAAAGUAUCCGAGACGCUGGAGGAUACACCCAAACCAUCUCACUCUAACGUGUCCAGACUUUCCAGUUUGGAUAAAUUAGAGACCUGGGACAGUGGGCUGGAGGAGUCUCUCUUGAGAACCUCUAAGAUCCUCCAAGAAGCAACUGAGGAACACGAGCACAGGAUGUUCCCUGAUCAACUGCUUUUGAAACUAGGAAGUUUAGAAGAUGAAAGUUACAAAUACACUGACCACUCUGCGGCAGACUUGCCAAGUCCUGUAACAUCAAGCAUAGACAGUUGUGAAAGUCCCCAAUCUGACAAUCCCCCAGCUGCCACAAAACCUAAAGCUGGAAAACCUGUCAGUAAACUUGCUCGACCUUCUGGCCUUGCGCCACCAACCAAACUAGCUACUCCCAGUCCUAGAACAUCUCGCAAUGGCACACUUAAGAAAUGUACUGCUUCUCGAUCUAGUGAUAACGUUUCUGGCUUACCUAAAAGUAGACCAACCUCAACAGAGGGACGAAACUCAAAAAUAACAUCACCUUACGGCACCUUACCGCGAAAGAAGAAGACCGUUCCUAAACAGACCAAACUGACCAGAUCAAGACAAAACAGCAGUGAGGGUGGAAUACCAGGACCCCGGGCCAGUCCGAGCGCCACUUCCAUCAGUAGUCCUAGUAUUGGCCUCAGAAAAAACACAUCACGUGAUUCAUCAUCAGGACUUGCGGCCCCCAAGAAGACCAACACUCUGCCCCGACCAUCUAGGAGUCUUGCUCGACCUAUUUCGGGUACUGGUCUUCAAAAACCAGCAGGUUUGAAGGUUCCAGCCUCGCGGGAGACAGUCAGAUCUAGAUCAUCUUCUAGAGAAUCAGUAGCUUCUUCUACUGGAGAUCGAGAUUCAGUGAGGAGAGACUCGGGUGAUUCGGCUACAACCAGGUCCUCUCUGAGUAGGAACAAUCCUACUGAGAGGUCCAUGAGACGUAGACUUUUGUCAACCGAAACAAGCAAAACUCUCACAGGAAAGAGGCGCUUAUCAGUAGGAACUAAGAAAAUAGCUCCUGAAGUGUUGCGUUCCCCGAGUUACCAGAAUGCAGUAUCAGGGAGUGAUGAACCCUCCGUCCCCAAGAGAAGCACGAGUCUAAGAACCUCAGGUACGUCCUCUUUACCUGGCUCCAACUCCUCCUCUCCAACACCACGCGCUCCUGCCAAAUCUAGAGGCAGCACUCUUCCUACUCCAUCUUCAAUCAGAUCUCCAUCUCGAUCCUCUGCCCAGUCUCCAGCUAGUUCUGUUUCCAAACUACGAACUGUGUCAACUUCGUCUAAAACAUCCGAAAGUAGGCUAUCUAGAGGAACCGAAGACAAAACGGACACUCCUAAAUCGAUUUUAAAACCGCCCAAAUCCGAGACGAAACUCCCAAAAUCUGGACUUCCAGCUCCUAAAUCAGGGUUGAAAACCCCAUCUUCGACAGGCCUCAGAAAACCCAGCUCUGGUGGAAUUCCGAGGCCUUCAAGGUGAUACUCCCACUGUUGGAUUAUCUAAUUUUUAUCGAUAGAAUUAAUUUUUUGUUAAUGAUAAUAUGGGAGUAGAUGGGGGUUGAGCUUUCCUCUGCUAGGUAUCGAAGGCCCUAUGGUGCUAAAUUCUUAUCGUUUUUAACAUUGUUUUCGACAGUAAAAGUUGUAAACAGAACGCUAGUAGGCAUAUUUGGUUAAUUUAUUGUUUGAAUUGGCAGUUGAUUAUGCUUUAAAACGUUUGUUGUAGAGAAUGAUAAUGAUAUUGAAACGUUUUCCUUGCAUUUUUGGGUGAUUAAUAAGUAUGUAUAGAAACUAAGAGUAAAUCAACAUUGCAUCCUGCAUCCUGCAUCAUUUCCAUUAUUUUAUGAUUGUUUCCUGAAAUACGAACAAGUUAAUCGGCUGUAUAUUGUCGUCAUAAAAAUUAAUAAAUCAUAUAGUCCCAAAAACUUAUGUACCUGUACUGCUUGAUUUCAAUAUUAAUUUAAGUGAUUUUUCAUUUUGGCUGUAUCCUUAUUUUCGCCAGUUUUACUCAAAAUUUUGUUCCGAAUGUCGAGUUUGUUGCUUCGAAACGAGUGAUAUUACGGAUUUCCUAAAACUUAAUCAGCGACAAUAAGAGUUUUAAGUUUCGUUUAUAUUUCAAAAGAUUCCAGGAACUAGAAGGCGCCUGCCAACUAGUGAUAAUUGUGUAUUGAUUUUAUUCUUGAAAGAAUUUGUUGAUAUUUGUUUAUUUUUGAUACCAUCUUUGAUAUUAUGUUCAUCUCUUUCGUUAAAUAUUUUGUUUAACCUCAAA